AUGUCAAAAGUGUCCAAGAAAGGGCGACGAAAUAAACCGCAAAGGGAUAGUCUGUUCACAGAUAUUACCCUUGAGGACUUUGCAAAUUCUUCUCACAAACACACUGAUUUUAGAUUGAAAAAGGGAGCACUGAAUGCAAUUCAAAAGGAAGCUCAACAGCUGCAAAGGGCUCCCAGAGAUGUUGCUGACAAUUGGUUUGAAAAAGAUAUAAAUGACUUUGACAUUGUACAUGUUGAAGAGGAAGAAGUACAAGAAAAUCAGUCAGCUAAUUUAUUACUUUUUUCUUUUCUUUUCUUUUUUUUUUUUUUUUUUUUCUCUUCUUUUUUUACUUUUCUCUCACUCUUCUCUCUCUCCCUCUCACUCUUCUCUCUCUCUCCUCUCCUCUUCUCUCUCUCUCCCUCUCCUCUUCUCUCUCUCUCCCUCUCACUCUUCUCUCUCUCCCCCUCUCUCUCCCCCCUCUCUCUCUCUCUCUCUCCUCUCUCCCUCUCUCUCCCCUCUCUCUCUCUCUCUCUCUCUCCUCUCUCUCACUCUUCUCUCCUCUCUCACUCUUCUCUCUCCCUCUCUCUCACUCUUCUCUCUCCCUCUCUCUCUUCUCUCCCUCUCUCCUCUUCUCUCUCCUCUCUCUCCUCUUCCCUCUCUCUCUCUUCUCUCUCUCUCCUCUCUCUCUCCUCUUCUCUCUCCCCUCUCUCUCUCUCUUACUCUUCUCUCUCCUUCUUUUUUUUUUUUUUUUUUAACUUCUAA